AUGCUUCAUCGAUCUCACAUCGAAGUUUAUGAAGCGCCAAGAGUUGCCGAUUCAAUUGCAGUCAAAUCAAGAGUUUUGCGGAGACAACAACCAAAAACUAUUCCCCCUCCACCAAGAUUUCAGUUCGCCGCCCCUCGUGCUCAACUACCGCCUGUUUAUUUAACUGCUCAUCACUCAGCGAUCAGUGAGAUGAUUGACCCAAAAUCGACCACAAUUCCACCAUCAAAAAGAAAUCUUUUCCCAAAUGAAUUUGAUGAAAAUCGAAUUAAAAGAAUGGAGGCUCGUUGGAAAAAACUGGGAAUCAACUUGGACAAAAUCAAUUUCAACUACGGAAACUCAAGACAAAGUCAAUCAGAGGAAAUUGAACAAAAAACGCCAAAAUCGAAUCGCUUUUUAAAUGGAGCGAUGCCAAAAUACUCGACAAAAUCCGCGGAAAAGAACGGAAAUGGAAAAACGGUUGUGGUUGAGCAACGCGUCUCUCAUCGUCCACGCAUCAACGGACCUUUAUUGAGAUCGAUUGAUGAAGAGAAACCUGAUGAAGACACUUCUUUUGGAAGCAAUUUCCCACCGAAAAGUGAUGAGAGUUUUGGAUCAGGAAUAGGAUUUGAAUCUGCCCAAUUUGGCGGUAAUCGCUUUGGAUCGAGGAGUCCUUCAUUCCCCGGCGAAGAGAACACGAUAAGUGAAGGUGAUGAAGAGGUUGAUCCGGAUGAAGAAGGAGAAGAAGAGAUUGAAGAAGAGAAGACUGAGACGAAGACUGAAGUCAAGACUGACAUCCCUGUUCCAAUCAAAUAUCCAGUGAUGGAGGGUGGAGUGACGCCACCAUCUCCCGGUGCUUACCACUCGCGUACCACUCCAAUCUAUCGACACUUCCAAUUCACUCAACAAUUGGCACAACGACCCCGAUUGCAUAUUAGAAGACCUGGAGAGCCACGAGCUGAGGGAAUCCAAAGUGCAAACGUAGAAGAUCUCCCGAAUUUAACUCCAUACAUGAACAAUGCUCGACACAAAUAUGGAUACGAUAAGCAACCAGCUCUUCAACAAAUUUUUCCACAACAAGUAAUGCCUCGAACGAUGCCACCACCAAUGCCAGUGCAAGAGAUUCGACCAUCCCCACCCCCAACAACCACUCUUCCACCAUUCGAACAAACUGAAGACACUGAAGAUAGUGGGCUUGGAUUUGGAGAUUCGGGAAUCGUUGGUGAAGGACAAAAUGGAGAAUCAGAUGCUGGAGUUGGUGGAGGUGCUGGUUUUGAUGCUCCAUCCGAGCUUCCACCAGAGUUGGCAAAUAUUGGUUUCGGAUUAGCGGGAGGGAACGGAAUCGGACUGAAUGUGGCUCCAGAAGAACCAAAGCCGACUCCAAAACCUAAACCGCAGCCAAAGAGACCAAGACAAAGAAAGCCGCCAAUGCAAGAAGUGGACAAGGAUGAGAAAGAUUUCGUGAUUCCUGAGGACUCUGGUCUUCGCCCUGUUUCCCCGCCAAAAGAGUUCUUCGAGGGAGCGACUGGUAGUUUCGGGAGCGGAAGUGGAUCACCAUUUUUGGGAGGAUCGGGAAGUUUUGGAGGUGGUGGGAGACAACAAAAAGUGAAAGGGGCACAAGGAAAGAAACCAAAACCAAAACCCCAACAACCAUCAUCGGCUUUUGAGCAAAAUGGCAGUGAUUUGUUCAGCGGUGACUCGGCGUUGAUGCCAAGCAAGGGACCAUCUGGUGAUGGGUAUGGUUUGAGUGUACCUGAUGGAGAAGCUGUUCCACCAAUGGUUCCCGCGGUGAGUCGAGGAGGAGCUGCUGCUGGCAUUCCACCACCAGAAUUCCAAGAAUUUCAAUCGGCUCGCACUUUCUUUGAGACAACGGAAAACCCGCAUACAACAGUAAAACCGUCAGCCUUGUUAAACGUGUUGAAUCGAGCUGAUCAGGGUUUCAAUCAAGCAAUCACUCAUUUCGAGAGAGGAACGCCAGUUGAAGCUGCAGCUAUUGAUAUAUUAGAAGUUGCAUUGGGAAGUCAGAAAUUAGACAGUCAAGCAAAAUUAUUGGGACAUGUUGAUCGAGCAUUGGGAUUGGACAAUCUACAACGAUUGCAGAGAUGGGCGAACACGGCUGGAGCAUUGGAUAUGCUGAAAGAGCAGGUUGUGAAAAUCGCGAAGAACUACCAGCCACCAGAAGAUCUUCUCCCGACAAUCCCUCCACAAUUUGAAUAUCUUUUCAAACCGACUGGACGG